CCGACCGCGCCGCCGCCACCAUCGCCAUCGCCAUCGCCGCCGCGCCGCCGCCCCCACCCCUCGGCACACCGCGACGCCACCUGACACACCCCGCGCCGAGCCGCCAGCUCCCUCCCCGCUCGGCCGCUACGUGGGCCCCGCGCCGGCGGCGCGCACCCGCCCGCCCAUCCACCCAACCCUGGAGGCGCGGUAGCCGCCGGUUCCGCCUCCCUCCAUGGCCGCCGCCGCCUCCAGAGGUGCGGCUGUCGGUGGCUCGAACCCUAGCGGUGAUGGCGGCGGCCCCAGGCUCCGGUCUCCUCCGGGAAAAGGGAACAAGCCCGCCGCGCUCGCCGACAUCACCAACACCGGGAAGCCCAACGCCUCCAGAUCCAUCAGCGGCGCUGACGUCGUCAAGGAGAACGUGAGGUUGAGUCAUCUGCUCAGGGAGAAGAUAAAGAUCAUUGAGCUCAGCAAAGUUGAGAUGCACAAGCUCCACCUCGCGCUGCAAGCAUCACGGCAGCAGAAUCUGCAGCUCGCGCAGGCCAAUUCUCAGAUGCUUGCGGAACUAAAUACAGGAAAAGAUAGAAUAAAGGCAUUGCAGCAUGAGCUUUCAUGUACAGCAGCACUGCUUAAGGUAAAGGAUUCUGAGAUCGAGCGAAAGAAUAAGACUGCUAACCAACGGUGCAAGGAAGUAAAUUCACAGGAUGUCUUGAAAGCCAUACCUUCCAAAGUUACAGCAGCUGCGGCUCAUCGAAUUGAUGGCUCCAACAGUGCUGUGGUUGAAUCUCAAUCUGCAGUACCAUCAAAUACUGGCUGCCAAGAGCCACCACAACAUGCAACAAAAAGGAGAAAUAAACGGAAGUCAGAAUCAAGUGAAUCCGUAAAGGAUACUAACAUAGUGCAGGACGACUACAAACCUAUUUUGCAGCCUAUUAUGUCAUUGCAUCAUGAAGAUCCGAGGAAGCCUCAACGGAGGAGGUCUUCUAGACUGAACCAAGGAUCUUGUGAAAUCAACGAUGAAUCUGACAAGACGUUGCUUGAUAAUACUGCAGUUUCUUCUCCUUCCACGUUAAGUGUUCACAAAAGGCAUGGACCAACCAUUGGAAAAGAUAUGGGGAAGUCACUGCAAAAUGAGUGCACUGCAGUAGCGUAUGAAGUAGUAAUGGCUUCAGAAUUGGAGGAAAUUGAGACAGAUGAGCAACCGCCAAAUGAAGCCAAUUUGAAGGAGAUACAAGAAGCAUGUUCCAGUGUUGCUGCAGUUGAGCCUCAUCAAAUUGGCGAUAAGGCCCGCAAUGCCAAGCAGAACCAUUUGUCAGGAAGCCAAGCAUCUGUGCAGUCUAAUAUUAUUGAGCCCCACAAGCCACCAGAAGACACCAUCAUCAAAAGGGGCUCAAAUGAACAGAAGUCAGCAUUAUGUGAAAGGGACUCAGAUAUAGAAGACGUAAAUUCCAAAUGUGGCACAAGUACCAGUGGGGCAUUGCACCAUGAAAAGAAGACGAAAUCUCAAAGGAGAAAAUCUUCAAGAUUGAAUCCAGCACCCUCAGAGGACAUGAAGAGCACUUUUGAGACUCUGCAGGAAGAUGUUAUUGUUCCUUUGGCCCCUUCCAGUUCGAAUGUCUCCAUGGAGCAGAGGGCAGAUCUAAAGCAGAAUGAGGCUUGUUCCUCUAUGAAAUCUACUGAAGGGCAUGUGCAAGGGAGGAGGUCUAUGAGGCGGGCUGCUGAAAAGGUCAUCUCUUACAAGGAGAUACCCUUGAACGUUAAGAUGCGCCGACCUUAAGAAACAAGGAGAACCCUCCCCUUCACUACAAGGAGAACUAUCACCUUAACUACAAGAACCGUCCAUUUUGCUGUAUUUUGUGUAGGCAUGUUGUAGGUUGCUGUCUUAGCCAGCCUGAGCAGGUACCUCCCCUUUUUGUGUGCACCAAAAGUAGGGUUUGUAUGACUGAUUGCACAUCUUGCGCAGCCUUGUCAAUAUUUGUUGACACCAUUGUCUUCUGAUUGUGUAGUACUGCAGCUGACACUAGUGAGAUGUAACAGUCUUUCGAGCUGUUUUCAGAAUUAUUGUUAACUUGGAGUUAUAUGAUUUAUGAACAA